CAGUUGCUCUCACUGUAGCAUUGGGUUGGUGCCUUACCGAGAAACAGUCGACGGGAUCUGGGCGGGACUGAAUCGCCUCUACUGCUUGUACUUCAUUUACUCUGAAAUCUCCAUGAUCCACCUGGACGACCGCUUGAUACCUCAGGUUUCCAAAUUUCUCCUUCAACUGCCGCUGGUCAUCCGAACAGUAGUCCCACCUGAAAUCUUUUGCCGUCUGUAGUACGAAGUGGGUUUAACUAUUUGGCCAGAAAAAGUUACUAUGAGGACAGAGACAGGGCUUGGAACUGAGGUGACACCCCAACAUAAAGGUACUGAAGUAACCAUUCCAGAGUCAGUCACAGAUGGUAAAAUGGCAAAAGAGGAUGUCAAGCCUCAUGAUGACCCUGGAGAGGUACAUGAUGCAUCGGACAAAACAACAUCCAACAAGAGCCCAAGAUCCCCUCAGAAAGGCUCUAAGCAAUCCAAGACCGUUUCCUUUAAAAUCACACUUUUGGACAGUUCUAUUUAUGAAGAGAAUGUUGAGAAACAUUGUAAGGGGCAGGUUCUCCUGGACCUUGUGUGUGAACAUCUAAACUUAUUGGAAAAGGACUAUUUCGGCAUGACCUUCAGUGAUUCUGACAGCCAAAAGAACUGGUUGGACCUAUCCAAAGAAAUCAAGAAACAGAUGAGAACAUCUUCUUGGCAAUUUAAUUUUGCUGUCAAGUUUUAUCCUCUGGACCCCUCCCAGUUAAUGGAAGACAUUACAAGGUACUACCUGUGUUUGCAGCUGCGCAAUGACAUCCUCUUUGGCCGCCUGCCCUGCUCCUUUGUCACACAUGCUUUGCUGGGCUCCUACACCAUUCAGGCAGAACUAGGAGACUUUGAGCAAGAUGAUCAUGGAUCUGACUAUGUUAGUGACUUCCACUUUGCCCCCAACCAAACCCGUGAACUGGAGGAGAGGGUGAUGGAACUACAUCGAACUUACAGGGGAAUGACACCUGCUGAGGCGGAAAUGAAUUUCUUGGAAAAUGCAAAGAAACUCUCCAUGUACGGUGUUGACCUGCAUCAUGCUAAGGAUUCAGAAGGGAUUGACAUAAUGCUGGGCGUGUGUGCCAGUGGUCUAUUGAUUUACCGUGACAGACUGAGAAUCAAUCGAUUUGCCUGGCCAAAGAUCCUCAAGAUCUCCUACAAAAGGAGUAAUUUCUACAUCAAAAUCCGCCCUGGAGAGUAUGAACAAUUUGAGAGUACUAUUGGCUUUAAGCUUUCUAAUCACCGAGCCGCCAAGAGGCUGUGGAAGGUUUGCAUUGAGCACCACACCUUUUUCAGGCUAGUUUCUCCUGAGCCACCACCAAAGGGCUUUCUAGUGAUGGGAUCAAAGUUCAGAUACAGUGGAAGGACCCAGGCCCAGACACGGCAGGCCAGCGCUCUGAUCGAUCGACCCGCUCCUCACUUUGAUCGGACCACUAGCAAAAGAUACCUUCUCUCUCGCAGUCUGGAUGGAGAAUUUUGUCAACCGGUAUCCACACUGGGUGAAAUUCAUGAUGGUCUGUCUCAGAAAAGUGAGAGUGAGCUGCUGCAGUUUUUUUCUGGGGAUGAAGCUGACGCGGACCUUAGUCUGGAUCAAGACCAGGAACAAGAGCACAGCAACAGUGAAGAGACUGUUAUGACACCUACGAGAAAAAAAGAAAUUAAGGAGUCAACACCUCUACACAAACAGGAGUUUCUAGACAAAUCAGAGGAUGUUCUGUUAAAGCACCAAGCCAGCAUCAAUGAGCUGAAGAGGGCCCUGAGGGAACCCAACAGUAAACUGAUGAACUGGGAAAAACGUCUGUCAGGGACAUCCCCAGGCAGCACUCCGGAGAAGGCGGCAAUUUUCUUGGAGCUGCCCAUCUAUCAGGGGGCUGUUGGUGCAGGGGUAGAGGAACCUGACAACAGCCUCUCUGUGGAGGGCUUCAUCCAGAAGACUCUAGUAACUUCAAAUGAGGGCUGUGAAGAAUGGGUGUUGCUCGACUAUGAAAUGGAGGAGGAAGGAAAGUACAAAGCUAGUACACCUCCACCUUUUCUGGUCACUAUUCCCAUUCCAAAGGAGGAGACAAAAAAACUUCAGGAAAUUACCAAGAUGAAGCACGUUGACCUAAUGAGAAAGGACAGUGAUGAAACACAAUUGCACAUGAAGACUGCAUCCUCAAAAAUAUCACAAAUGGACAAGUUGUGUGAAUCUAAAGAAAAUAUCAUCACAGGUUCUCAUGAAAGAUCAAAAAAAGAGCCUACACCACUUGCUGAGCCUAACAACAACAUUGCAAUUACAGAUAUCAUGGAGGAGAGUUAUCAACAUAAAGUCAGAAGGGAAAAAAGACCUCAAAGCUUAAACCUGGGGAAAUUGAGGGACUUUGUUUAUGAGACAGACAAAGGUUCAAACAUCACACACGAUAGUGUAGAGUCUGAUGAGGACAACAAUACUGAACUUAUAAAGCAGAUUGUGAUCAGUUAUCCUGAAAAUUACAGCACAACAACAGACACAUGGGCAUCAUCCAUGGCUGAAAAGCUUAAUCAGCCAGCCACAAAUACAUGUGCUGCAAAACCGCUUAAAGAAAACACAGAGUUUGACAGAGUAAUAGGAAAAGACUUGCAGAUUUCCAAUCUGGGAGCAAGUAAGAUGCAUGAAAAUUCACAUGAUUCAGGAAAGACUGGUAAUGCAAGAAAGUUAGAAUGUCAAGAGCAGCUAUCCAGCGAAGUGAAGAUUAUGAACACGGAAGGCAAACAAGAAAACCAAGGUUUAUUCAGUGGCCCUGGCAAAGAUGAGCAGAAAAGUGCAAAGACUGAUAUCAGAUUUGAAGUCAUGAAAGUCAUCAUGAUUGACAAUAGUGAAAAUGAAGUGAAAUCUGCCAAAGCAAAGAAAGAAACUGAAGAUUUGGAUCUUGAAAGGAAGAUAAGCAAUUUUGAACUGGAAGACUCUGCAGAAAUCCCACUUGCCAUGGAGCUGAGAAAAACUAGCCAGAGAGAUACUGGACAAGUGAAAACAAAUAUGACAAGAAUUGUUCCAUUAAAACCUGAGAGAGUGAGGAGCCAAGGCUGCAGCGAUGACCUAGAUAUUGGACAUGGCAGUGAACUAGUGAAAAUAAAUUUUAAAAGAUACAGUAUGAAUGAGUCAUUUGUGAGACACUUUGACCCCUGUAAAGCAGCUGAGAGCAAGGACACUAACUAUUUCCAUGCAAACUGCACCUCAAAAAAGGACAUCUGUGUGUGCUCAGAGCAUCAAGCAAUAAAGAUUCUUGAGAGCUCACCAAAAGAAGAGGGUAUAAGUAAUGAAGACACUACAAACAAUAUCAGCAGAAUAGUCCACAGAGAUCUUCUGCAUACUGAUGAACGAAUUUCAGAACUUCACUUAUCCAGACAGACGGUUCACCAAAAAAAUGCCCCUCCAACACCUCCAGUCAAAACAAAGAAAGCAAGAGAAUCAGGUUUCUUUCUGCGCAAUAGUCUCAUUUUCAGCAAAGACCCAACUCUUGAGGCCAACAAAAAGAAUCUUCUGGAGCCUUUGUCCACUGCUUCUACUUCUGAAGACCCACAAUAUGAUGUUAAGCAGCAAUCUCACUUUGCCCAGGAAGACUAUAAUUGUGAGUUUGCUGGCUUGAAGGACACCUACCUGGCUGUCGAAAGGAAAUGUUCGAAUAUGAGCUCCACUUCAAGCCUGGAAGCCGAGGUGGAUUUUGCUGUCAUAAUGGACUUACACAGUGAUGUGAAGGAAUUUUCUAGAGGCAUGACUGAGCUGGUUGACAAGGACAAAGUAGAGCUAAGCAAGGAAAGUUUUGACAACACUGCCAGGUCUCACUCCACCUGUCACAUAAAUUUGCAAGAUGUAUCACCUGGAAGAGAACAUCUCCUUGAAGCUCAUGGUCACCAAGAUAUAGAACCUCCCCCAGUUGCCAAGAAAGACCCUAGUGCAGUGAAUGCAGCCCAGAUGUUGAGAAAAGGAGCGGUUAAAAUGGUACUGCAUUCUAAUGGCUCUGAGGCUCCUGUCAAAGACAUCUCUGAUCAUGUAAGGUCAAACAGUCUAGAAGGACACUUUGUUGCUUCUCCUGUCACCGUCACUACAGAAAACAUUACCUCAGCAACCACGACUCAAGUAACCAAGACAGUGAAAGGAGGUUAUGCAGAGACCAGGAUUGAAAAAAGGAUAAUCAUAACAGGAGAUGAUGAUGUGGAUCAACAUCAGGCUCUUGCCAUGGCAAUACAGGAGGCAAAACAACAGCACCCUGAUAUGCUGGUGACUAAGGCCAUAGUGGUAAGGGAAACAGACUCUUCAUAUGAAGAGAAACAUCGAACAUAUGAGGCUUGACCGAUAGAAGGUGCUAUUUGGAACAUGGAGAGAAGAUCAGCUCCGGUUCUAUGUAUUUCAGUUGAAACUACUCAUGCUACUGAACAGUUUGCUCAAAACAAAUCACCCAUGCACCCAUUCCUCUGCCAUCACACACUGAUCUGUAUAUUUUGGUGACAAUUUUCUAUCAUCUGGUGUCUGUUCUGUACCAUUCUGAGUACUUUCAACAUAUAAACAGCAGUUUGAAUUAUCUUCAGUCUUGUGUAAAUGUGAGAAGUUUAACAUUUAAUUUAGAUUUUUUAAAAAGGCUGAAAGUGUUGGAAAAUUAUUGCUAUCAUGUAUGCACUUCAUUCUGUGACUUCCGACUUAGAUCCUACCCUUUUUAAUCUGACAGCUUUUUAUAAAACUCUUCCUUAGGACUUGAAUAGGUAUAAGAAUGGACAUACACAGAAGUUACAUAUACUUUUUGAAUAAUAUUUGAUCAAGUGUUUUCUUGUUAAUAUAAAUAUUCAUCAUUUCAACUGUUUUACGCAUAUGCAGAAACUGUGGAUGUUUGCAGUAUAACAUUUAGAAAGAUUCCCACACCUGACAUUUGGCAAAUUUUUGAAAAAAGUGUAUACCCCACAUCAUUUUAAUUUGUGGCCAUGAUUAUAUAAAAAAAUAAACCUCUUUGCUUUCUUUAGUCUUAUUUAGGUCAACUGAGUAUCCUCAAUAUUAACUUGGCUUCUAAAUUAUGUUGACUUGCUUAUUAGGUGGCAUUAAGGCAUUUUUGGCCUGACACAAAAGCUGUGUCUUAGAAAUCUCUGUUGUCUCAAUUCUAAUCAACACUUAUAAAGAAAGCCCAUGAUGAUUGUUAAUGGGCUCAGUAUAAAUAUACAAUCCAAGAUGGUGGUUGACAAAUGUUACUAAUAUAGAAUAAAUGAAAUAAUAAUAUUUUAUAAAUGACUAAAAAUGUGUAUUUUUAUUUUUAUCAUGUCAUUACUUGCAUUCUUUGUUUAAAUAUAUUACUCGGUCGUCUGUGUGGAAAGUUAUUUGACAAUGUAUCGCAGAAUGUUUUAAAUAUUGUUAAAAUUAUGUUGUUUCACGAUGUUGCCUUGGAAGGCAGUAGACAAGGCAGCUCACAAGGUUGUGUUCUAGUUACUGAUUAUCGAAUGAUAAAAUUAAUUUUAUUUUUUGAUUAUUUUUCCAUAGUUUAUAAUGUAAGGCUUUUUUGUAUUUUCAUUGAGUUCUAUUUAAGUUAUGCUGUAUGACUUUGACUUUAUGACUUUUUUUAUAUGCUCAUUUAAUGUGAGCUUUUGGGUUUUCCAUAUAAAAUGUCACCAUACAGCAGUGUGAAUGUAACAUUAUAUCUGACCUACUGUAUGUGUAUAUUCCAAUCAAAUGCAUAACACAUAUUUAAAAAAAGAAUACAUAUAAUUAUAAAAAAAUAUGCAUUGUCAUGAAAAACAAUCAUCAUGUGUUGUAUGUUCUAUGCAUUCUUGUGUAGUAACCUAAAAGAAAACCAUUAACAGAGGGGUACUAGAUACUGUAAGCACUUCCUUUCAAGACUUCUGCAAUAAUUAAUGUCUAUAGAUGAAACUGUAAUUAUACUCUGUUUAUUCUGGAUAUAUGCAUCAAUAUGUUACCAUUUUUUGUCUCUGUAUGUAGACUUCUUAACAUUUUCUCCUGAGGGAUGGCAGAUGCUUGAAAAAAAAAAAAUCUGAAUUUUUGUGCUCAAAAGAUAAUCCUGUUUAUUUUUGAAAAAUGUUAUUACAUGAUUGGUUGUGUUGAAAAGAGGGAAAAUUCUCUUAUGUAGAUGCAAGAGCAUCAUCAGGUUUUAGACAGUUAAGUCUGUUAUUAAGCAAAAUGUUAACAGAAUAAAGACUGUUACUGUGACAAAUAUGA